AGGUACGAGUAGGAGUACUAUUCGUACGGCACCAUGCCACAAUAGAAAGAUGCCGUAUGCAUGUUCUCCUCGAUCAAAAGCAAUAACCAACGACCAACGACUCCUCCCUCCUCGGUACGCUACGGUCACUGCCACUGCUCUUUAUCGCGUUGAAGACAAUACUUCCUCCUUUGUCUUUGAUCAAUGAACUGGAUCAAAACGUUAAACACGAAAUAAAUAAAAAGAAAAGAGAAACAAAAGAAAAAUUCAUUGCCAUAGUUGGUUCAAAAACACAUCAAAAUAACACUUUGUACCCAGAGGCGACAGAAGCUCUUUACCUAGGCCUUUAUUUCCGACGGUUAAUCUAGACAAAAUCAUUCGCAUUACUCUACUCUUGCGACCAUGAGUAGUGCUAAUUCAUACGGCGAAUACGAACCAUAUGGCGGGCCCGAUGACUUCGCUGAGUUUGAUGAAGACUACUCCACCACCAACGAUGUUCGCGAUCCAGGCUCUUACGACGGAGAAGAUUAUAAUUAUGGCGACGAAGACGAAGAUGACGAACAGACAAAGACCAACGAUAGCGCAGACCCAUAUAAGGAAUACGGCAAUGAGUAUGGUACUGAUGAUGACGACGAUAGCGAUAGCGAGAGUUCUUACUCGAGGGAUGAAUACUAUGGAGACGAUCGAGACGAAAUGCCCGAUGAUUACUACUACGACGAGGAUGAUCAAUUCUACUAUGACGAACAGGACGAAGAAGAUCGUCGCAAGCGAGCUCGUCUUCGUCGAGCUUGGAUUUGCUGUUUUGUCAUGCUUUGUUGCUUACUGCUAGCAAUCAUUGCCUUUGUCAUCUUUUUGAUCACUCGAUCGAAAGACAGAGCGCCGGAACCAACUCCUAUGCCGACCAUGGAACCAUGGGUUCCGGACACCGAUGAUGAUUACAUGUAUGACGACGAUAUUAUCCUGAACCCAGGAGUGGUCACCGCGCCGAUGGCACCCUUUAAUCGAGAUUGCGAAGAGUCAGAAGGAAUUGAAUACUCUGGAGAAUUCCGAAACAUCAUGGAUCAAUGUGCGUGCUUAGGUGAGAUCGUCGAUGUUCCGGAUGAUGUGGCAGAAAUGAGGAACUUGAUCAUCGAGCGGGUGGCGCCCAAGUUCUACGGUCCAAACUUCACUAUUCCUCUGAAUUCUUGCGAUCCCGCAAACAUGGCCGCAACUUGGUUGGCUACGGGAGACAACCGAGAUGGGGGAGAAGCCAGGCAACGAUUCGCUAUGGCGUUAAAUUUUUACCAAUUGAACGGAACCGUUUGGGAUUUUAUGGAUGGUUGGUUGGGACCCUUCAACGAGUGUCUUUGGAUGGGGAUCCAGUGCAACAACAAAGGUAUCGUAAAUUCUCUGGCGCUCGAUGCAAACAAUCUUUUCGGACCGGUAAGAAUAACCGAAAGCACGGUACAAUCGGAUGCAAUGCUCGAGUUGGUCAUUUCUUUUUUCAAAAGUCUUCAAGAUGCUUUGUACUCCUACUCACCCUGCUGAUACUAAUUUCUAUUUUGUGACCAUCGUUGGGUUAAACUAACCGUCAAAUAAUUUGCGUCUUAGUUUCCAACGGAAAUUGCCAAACUCACAGGAUUGGCCUCCAUUGCUAUUACAAGAACACACUUAACGGGUACCAUCCCUACGGAACUAUUUUCCAUGCCCAAGCUGAAAGAACUUCGUCUCUAUGCCAAUCGAAUGACGGGAAGCAUCCCACCUGAAAUAGUGAAAGCAACAAAACUCGAGUCACUUCGGUUGGAAACCAAUUUUUUCCACGGAGAGUUAAUCUCGGAGAUCGGUGCCGUCAGUACCUUGACCGAUCUCAAUAUUGGUUUCAACGACUUUGUGCAGACAAUCCCAACGGAAAUAGGGAAGUUGAAGAACCUCAAGUAUCUUCGUGUCAGUAACAAUGCCCUUUCGGGACGACUGCCGUCAGAGAUCGGACGCAUUGACGCCUUGGAAGUGUUGGCGAUGACCAACAAUCUAUUUUUUGGAAGUAUUCCUUCCUAUUUUGGGUUGCUGUGGAACUUGCGUGACUUUCGUAUCACAGGAUCUGGUGUAGGUGGUUUUCUGCCGACCGAGUUGGCGCUCUUGUCCAACCUGGAACGGUUGGACAUCGCGAUUAGCAAUUUCCAUGGAACCCUCAUGACAGAAUUAGGACAAUUGACUAAUUUGUGUAAGUCUCUACUAGAGAUCCGGAUGCGUUGGUGAUUUUUGUGAUGCAUUGCCACAGCUGGGAUGAUGAUACGGCGCUCAAGCUGUGUGUGUGCUCGUAUUCCUUGCUCUUUUUUGUAAACUGCUGCUGAUCGUUCUCCAAUUUCUUUCUACGAAUGAAUACAACGUUCGAAACAAUAUUCCACUUUUCAUUGUCUCUUUGUGCAGUCAAAUUCAGUCUCCACGAUUGCGACUUCUCCGGUCCGCUGCCAUCGGAACUUGGAUACCUCUGGAACAUGACUCGAUUGCAGAUGAAAAACAACCAAUUCACGGGAUCGGUUCCCCGCCAUUGGGGUAGAAUGGCAGAACUGGAACAACUCACUCUAGAGGGCAACCAAUUGUCGGGUACGGUCCCUAUUGAGGUUUGCGACUUAUUGAAUGACAAGCUUGGUCAGUUCGUCGUAGAUUGCUACAACAGACGGACCGGAUUCGGCUUUGAUUGCGAGCCCGACUGUUGCACUCUGUGCAGGGAUACUUCGUAAAGCUUGCACGCUGUAUUGUACGGAAUGAAUGCAGUUUUUGAUUAGAAUUCUUGAUGACUUCAUGCAUAAGAUUAAAAUCUCGUUUAGUAACAGUACGACUGUUUUUGUUUGUAAAUUGGCGAAGGACAAGGGUUUUUGAGAUUGAUUCGUGUGUUCUCUAGCAUUCUAGUUUAGGGCAUCGAUUUCGGGAUAACGCAGGACGCCUUCCACCGUGGAGUCUUUGGACAUGGAUUUGACCACGGCAUUGGCCAGCGACUGCACCGUCACGGGCCUGUCCACAAAGGGCAAUCCAAGCCUGUUGCCCACAAAGAACGCUCCCACCGGAACAUAGCUGGCUGGCUUGUCCAAGCUGUAAAUGAGGGAGGGCCGCACGAUGAUCGGACGCAGCAAUUUUUGGGCAUCCGUUCCCAAGAGUUUCGAUUCCACCGCCCGCUUGGCCACCAAAUACCGCUGCAGCCAUUCCGGUGCCAGGAAUUUUUCUAUUUGGCUUCCCCCGGCAACGUCGGGCCAGCCGGCUUCCGCGGCCGACGUGAAGACAAAAGGAAGCCGACCCCCGGGAGGGCCGCCUUCUUGAUCGUUCAGGUACUGGAUCGUCGAAUCGAUGGCAUUGAAGGCCGUGACCCGCGUGAUGCUGUCGUAGGAGGAGUUCUCGUCCGGAACCGACCCCGAUCCAGACACGAACCUGUUGUAGGUCCCGAGUCCCGAGGCGUCGUCCAGCAACAGACCGAUGCAGUGGACGACGCCGACGUAGCCACCUUCCCGAAGAAUCGACGAUAUGGUGUUUUCUUUUCGUGCAUCCCCGGCUCGAUAAUCGAUGCUGUUGCUGCCGAUGGGACCGGCUUGCUGCUGCUCGGAUUUGUUGUCCUUCGUCGCUGGGGGGAGGCCCCGCCUCGACACACUCGUCACCUGGUAACCUUCCAGCAGCGCUCUCCGGCAAAUCGUUUGUCCGAGGAAGCCCGUCCCUCCGAGCACCAGCAGCUUUCCUUUGGUAUUGCUCGACGCAUUAGACUCCGCAGACAUGCAGAGGGAUGAUCGGGUCGACGUUCCCUGGGCCCAUCGUCGUUGAGGGACGAACGAAAAUGCCCCGGCGACGAACGCCAGGAAUAAUCCCGCCGUUAGCAGGGGGGCUGAAACUCGACCUUUUCUGCUCGGCGCCAUGGCUACUGCUUUUCUACAAACUGCACACUACGGCACCAAAUUAAUGCUUAAAUUGUGU